AUGGACGGAGAAGCACCAGAGUGGGGCUGGGCCAACAUCAAUCGUGUAGUUGCAAGCACUAAGGAAAUGGCACCUGGCACACGUCAGGAUAUCUUGGACGACCGCUUUGGUGACUGGAACUGGAAGAAAGUAACAGCGCUUGACUUGGAGGGAUCCAUCAAAGAGUCGGACUCAGGUGUUGCGUCACUUGCAGCUUGGAUGAAGGAGAUUGUUGCUUGGGAGAAAGAUCACACAAAACCAAACCCCUUCAACAGCCAAAGCCGAGAAGUGACACAGGCUGCUGUUCGUCUAGCACUCGUUCAACAAGAUACAAAGGAUUUGGAAGAGGGAAUAUCAAUUUCGCUCCAUUCUGAGGUAACACCCAGUAUUCUUAUCAGCAUGGGCUUAGACCUCGAAGAUGUGCAUGUUGAGGUCUCUCAAUCUGAUGAGAACACUGGCGAUGCAGCCAGUGGCUGUCCAAAAGUGAAACCUGACUCUAUCAAGCCUGAGGAUAUCCUACUCCUCCUUCCAUCUGACAUCUGUAAUCUGACGAUGUGCGAUACAAAGCUGCUCGAGGUUGAGUGGUCGUUACGCUUGGCACAGGCUAAUGAUGCACUCAAUUAA